AAGAAGAAAAAGAAAUGUGAAAUAUAAUAUGGUAGAAAAUUAAUGAGCAUAAGCAACUCCUCUAAGAUAGGUGUGUGCUCAUUCAAGAAUAAUACGAAAAAGUGUUGGAAAUGAGAACAUUCAUGACUAAGAUGAGUGUGCAUAACAGAUCCCUUCAACAUCUAGCGGAGUUUAUUGCAAUUUUUUACCUACUAAUCCAAGGACAUGUUCUAUGCAAUGGAAGGGUCAUUGCCCAGUGCUUAAACAGUGAAGCAAAAGCUCUUCUUCAUUUCAAGGAAGGCUUUAAAGUCCAUUCAAAUCGCUUAUCCUCUUGGGAACCAGGAAAAGAUUGUUGCCAGUGGAAAGGAGUUGGAUGCAACACAACCACAGGUCAUGUUAUCUCACUUGAUCUCCAUUGUGCAAAUUGCUUAGAUAAACUAAAGGGUGGUUUAGAUUUAUCUUUGCUAGAAUUGCCAUAUUUAAGUUCUUUGAACCUUAAUGGCAAUGAUUUCAUGCAAUCUAAAGUACCUGCCUUUCUAGGUUCUAUGAAAAAUUUAAAAUAUCUUGAUCUAUCAAAUGCCAACUUUAAGGGAACUCUCCCUGAUAAUCUUGGAAACCUCUCUCUACUGGAGUCACUUGAUUUAAGCGGCAAGGAUAACACCUUAAGAGUGGAUGAUCUAAAAUGGCUUAAAGGAUUUUCCUCCUUGAAAAGUCUUGAUUUAAGUGAUGUUGAUCUUAGCAGUAGUGCAUAUGAUUGGGUUUUUGACAUUAGCAUGCUGCCUUCUCUUGUAACAUUGCGUUUAUCAGGUUGCCGUCUUCACAACCUUGCUCCUUCAUCUCUAGUGAAUUUUGAUUCUCUUAUAACCCUUGAUCUGUCUCUCAAUGAUUUCAAUAAUUCCAUUCCUGUUUGGCUGUUUGAAAAUUGUCAUAACCUUCAACAUCUUAAUCUCAGAAACAAUUAUUUACAAGGCCCAAUUCCAGAUUCCAUUGAGAGGCUAAUGUCUCUUGUAGCACUUGAUCUGUCAAAAAAUGAACUCAUUGGUUCAAUACCAUCAUCAUUGGGCCGAACACAUGGCCCAAAUAGAGCUAAAACAAAUCCUCGUUUGAAAGAGUUGCGUCUUUCAAACAAUCAACUGAAAGGGUCACUGGAAAGAAGUCUUAGCCAGCUUUCAGAAUUGGUUGUGUUGGAUUUAUCUGAGAACAAGUUGGAGGGCAAUAUAAGUGAUGCUCAUCUAGCUAACUUCAAAAGCCUCAGGGUGUUGGACCUAUCUUUCAACCGUGUAACUUUAAAUGUGAGCAAAAACUGGGUCCCUCCUUGCCAACUUGAAACUAUAGGUUUGGCGAAUAUUCAUUUGGGCCCACAAUUUCCAAAGUGGAUUAAGACGCAGAAGAACUUGUCCCAUAUUGAUAUAUCAAAUGCCGGUAUCUUUGAUACUGUGCCAAAUUGGUUUUGGGAUUUGUCUCCUAACAUUGAGUAUAUGAACCUCUCUUCCAAUGGGCUGAGAGGAUGCGGGCAUGAUUUUUCACAAAAGUUGAAACUUGCCACACUUGACUUGAGCAGCAACAACUUCUCAUGUGCCCUUCCCCAUUUGCCUCCAAAUAUGAAGGAGUUGAAUGUGGCCAAUAACUCAUUUUACGGAAAUAUUUCACACAUAUGUGAGGUGUUGGCUGUGAAUAACUCAUUGGGUUUUCUUGACUUAUCUUUAAAUAAUUUAUCAGGAAACAUCCCAAACUGUUGGAGAUAUGGAGAAAAUAUGAUCAUUCUUAACCUAGCAAACAACCAUUUCACUGGCUCAAUCCCGGAUUCCCUGGGUAGCCUCACCAAUCUGCACAUGUUGAGCAUCAAUGAAAAUGAUCUUUCUGGAAAUAUCCCAGAAUCGCUGAAAGAUUGCCGAGUGCUGACUCUGUUAAAUUUGGGGUCUAAUCGAUUUUGGGGGCCCAUACCAUCCUGGAUUGGUGAAGAAAUGAGAAUACUUAAAAUUCUCAUCUUGACGGCGAACUCGUUUGUGGGAAACAUCCCAACAACGUUAUGCCAACUCAAGUCUUUAUCGCUAUUAGACCUUUCCCUCAAUCGAUUGACAGGAGCGCUUCCACGGUGUGUGUUUGCUGCAAUGGCUACUGAAGAAAGUACAAAUGAGAUGUCCUAUAUGGAGUUUCAAACAAUUAAGGGAAGCAUUUCCAUAUACGAGUCUAAGAUGAAACAUAGACGAUCGUUAAGGUUACUUGACUUUUCAUCAAAUCGUUUAACAGAAGGCAUUCCUGUAGAAUUCACAAAGCUGGUCGAAUUGAGCGCAUUAAAUUUAUCGAGUAAUCAGCUGGUGGGUUCCAUUCCUUCAAAUAUUUGUGAAAUGAAACUUUUGGAGGUUCUCGAUCUGUCACGGAAUCAGCUAUCGUGUGGCAUUCCCACCGACAUGGUUGAUCUUGAUUUCCUCGAAAUUUUGAACUUAUCACGCAACAAUUUGUCCGGGAACAUUCCAACUGGCCAUCAAUUUGACACAUUUGACAUGUCCUCCUACGAAGGCAAUCCAUACCUUUGUGGUGUUCCACUCCCAAAAGAAUGCAGCAGAAACAUUUCAUAUGAAGAGAUGCGUUGCAGUGACAGGGACAGGGAAGGGAACAGAGAAAAUGAAAAGAAUUCAGACAAGAAAGUGAGGGUACAAAUAUCUCCAUUCUACAUAAGCAUGGGAAUAGGCUUUUUCAUUUCAUAUUGCCUCUUCUGGUCAUCUUUAGUACUCAUUACAUCUUGGAGGUAUGCUUACUUCCGUUUCUUGACCCGAAUCAACGACCGCGUCUAUGUCACUGUAGCUGUUGCCUUCCGCACAAAAUUUCACAUCCAACACCAAAUUUAAACUUUACUUUCUUUGUUCAUUCAGCAAAGAAUAAUAAAACUGAUUUGAAUUGGUUUGGGUAUAUGGUGUCAUUAAUCCGAUUAAUCAUAAUUCAUUU